CCGGAAGUGAGUCUGAAAAAGGUCAAACCCCCCUUUCUCAGCACAGAUGGAAAGCUGCGAGUUUCUUUCGCGUUUCUGGGAGGGGAAAAUGUCCUGCUGGUUGUCGAAGGAGACAUUGGUGCUGGCAGAAGAUUACUUGGAAUUCUGCGUUGGAGUGCAGCGGACGCCGCCCGGCCCGGCCUCAGAAGCAAUGCGCUGCUUGGCCAAGGAGAUUGAGAAGCAGAACCUGUCCAAAUUUCACUCCCUUGUGCAAACUUUUCUGGACUCUUGUGGACCGGACCGUAGCAGCAGUUUGAGAAAGGUGAUGGCAGAGAUGGUAGGGGAUGGAAAAUUAAACUGGGGGAGAGUGGUAUCCCUCUUUGCGUUCACCGGAGUGCUGGUGGGCGAGCUCCAUUCCCGAGGGGAAGGGAAGGACUGCUGCAGGAGACUGGCGGAGACGAUAGCCGACUACCUGGGGGUGGAGAAACAAGACUGGCUGUUGCAAAAUGAAGGAUGGGACGGAUUCUGCAAGUUUUUUCACAGCUCAAGAGGACAAAAUCACGAGUCAGCCAUGAAGACGGCGCUGUUCGCCGCUGCCGGGGUGGGCAUUGCGGGUAUAACGUUCCUGUUCGUGCGCUGACGCCUUCUACGCUUUCACUUCCAUAAUUAAAACAGGACAACCUUGCAAAUUAUAGCUGCAAAAGAUAGUAUGUGAUACAGAUCCGUAAGUGAGGUAUUCUGAUUGUACGCCUGGGCUGGUGGGACCUCGUACCGAGACCCCCGCGGAUGUGCCCUUCAAUGCUAGUCACCUAUGACUGGGAUGUUGACUGAAAGAGUUCCAGUUUGCGAAGCGCAUCACGUGGAACGUGUCCUACAAUGGCUCAUCAUUAAAUCGUGAUUCUUAGGAAUGACUGAAAGAAUGAAAAUAAGCGGGUGUGGGCGAAAUAUUUCACUUUUCACUCAUUGAAUAAUAAUUUAAAUUAAUCAACACAUUUGUUCUUGGUGAUCGGCUAAUUUGGCUAUGUAAGAAGAAUUGAUUUUGAUUAAAAUUUCUGCUGUUAUUAGUUUAACGAGAAACCAGUUAAAAGUAAUGUUUGAUUAUCACGAAAACACUUAUGAUGUUGGCGUGAGGUAGUCGGUUUGUUCAGAUGUGAAUCAUUCAGUCAGCAUGUCAGUCAGAGCCGAGUCUCCCUUCCUCUGAGACUCCAGCCGGUCUUAUGGUUCUCCGUAAGAGACGCCUGACUGAAUUUUGGCCCAAUGUGACUAUGCAUUUAUGCUUGCCUUGGCACAGCGGAUUUAAGAGAUUCAUUGUCAAACAUAUAUCUUGCACCGUGGAUGAAACAUUUCUGUAUUAAAGCAUUUGUAACGUAUUGUCAAAACACUACUAAGCACGGUUGGUAUAUUAGGUUAUUCUCAGAUGAAGACCCACCUACUCACUGCGUAUGGAAUACCUGUCUUUCAAAUGGCUGUUGGUAAGAAAGGUUCAAGUAAUUGUUCAAGUAAUUUAUAAAUUUAAUAUAUUUAUAUUAAAAUAAAUUAACCUGAAGUUCCAAGUUUAAUGCCAUAGUUAUUUCCUGCCAUAACACAAACUUUGACUUGCUGGACUCUUAACGGACAAAAGAAAUGGCAUUCUCUGAAGGUGACAUUCUAACAUUCUCUGAAGGUGCUAACUUGAUUUUCAAGCUUUUGUGUUUUUCUGUCUCACCACUUUUAAACCUUUCUAUGAUUAAGUUGAAUUUGUAAAGGUGAUUCCUGAUGAUUCUAUUUUUAAAUCAAUUUAUUUAUUAAACCAUUUCUUAAUAAAAGAUGAAAUACUCUGGAAAAAA